AUGGCCCCUACCUUCCUCAACAGCCUGCGCCGCCGAUCGAGGGCCAGUUUCCGUACCAAUCGCUCUGCAACAGACACUUCUAGUGAUGGCGCUGCAUCUCAGGGAGAGUCCCCUUCGAGUGGCUCAUUGACGCCGCCAUCAAUCGAUAUUCAGUCUGAUCCUGCACUACAUCUGCAAGUCAAAGAUCAGCACCUUCAGCGUCGACAGUCUCAGAUCUCUCAUAGUCAAAGUCAGCAGCAAAUCGUACAGCGACCACCACUCACGUCCAGUUCGAACCGCAACAGCGUUUCCGGCAUGUCGGGCCUUGGAGCGCCUUCAAUCAACGGACGGCAGGCCCUACCAUCAUCGCCGUACGCCCCAAGAUUGGUCAACAUAACGGAAAAUGCAUGGGUUUACCAAAAGGUUCUUCUUGUUUAUGGGACAAUUGGAAACCCCGCCGAACAUGUUCUCGACGGAACUCUCAACGUUUGUCGGCUCGACGAUAACUUUCCCGCGAUCAGCUGGCCCGUCUGCAACUCUCACUUCAAGGCAUUGGUUUACUUGCAACCAGGACCAAACAAGUUGCGCUUCGAGUUUUCGAGUCCCAAACUACCCAAUAGUAACAGCUCGAACCCGAUUCACGCCUCCUACCUUACCGUUCAUAUGCUCCCAGUCAACAAUUCUCCGCCGCUGCAGCUUGCUAUACUAGUUGCCAAGGAUUCGCCAGAGACAUUCGAUGCGUCGCCCGCCCGGGCCGAAAAGGAGGGCAAUGGACUGGAGACUGCCGUGAAGAAGUUCAGGAUGGCGGCGUACCUGUGGCAAGCAUUCACCUCGGAGCAGAUGUGGCGGAACAAACUUGGACGGCGCGCAUUCCGUUUUGAUGAAGAAUGGACAACAGGUUCGGCCAACUAUCGUGACCGAGAGAAUGGCACCAUGCGUUCCGAAGCCAGGGUUCAUAUUAUCCGCACCGACAAAACCACUGCUGAGAUCCGGGACCUUAAUAAGGCCCAGCAAAACGAAAAGGCUACUGAAAAGGGUGCUCUGUAUGAGAUUGCCUCUGAGGCUGUGAAGAAGUACUUCAACCCACUCCCCGGCCAAAAGCUCUACGUCUCGUGUCUACUCUUGGACUCUCAUUGGGAUAGGGCCGCAAAUACUGUGACCGGCCAUGCUGCUCUUGGAGGUGGAGACGGCGAUCUGCAGCUGGCAAUAUUCGGAUCGCACUGUCUUCACAGCUACCCAUCCACCUUUGAAGAAGUCGUCCCUGCUUUCACCGACUGUACUCCAACAGACACAAACCACGUGGCCAACGACUGUAACGAAGCGGGAAGCUCUUGGGAAGCUGCCAAUAUCGGUAUCGGCGCGCACAUGCAUGAGACGGGACAUCUAUUUGGAUGCCCGCACCAGGAGAGCGGCAUCAUGUUGCGAGACUAUGUGGUACUUAACCGCACUUUCGUAGCCCGAGAGGCCUACUGCACAAGGACAAAGUCCAAGGGUGGAGUCGCGCUCCAGACUGAUGAAUGUGGUUGGCAUCGCCUUGACUGCUUGCGCUUCCGAGCUCAUCCGGCGUUCCGUCUCCCUAACGACCCUCCUAUGAACCCUGACACCGGUAUUCAGGCUUUCCCUGUGGAGAGUGGCAACAUCCUAGUCAUGGCAGCCACUGGUGUCUUUUUCGUCGAAAUAUACGCCGAGGGCGAUGAUGUCUGUCAUGCAUGGAUCGAGUAUCCUAUUGACCAAGGAACUCCAUCCCGACAAGUCACACUCAGCGAAAGUGAGCUACGAGGCAGAUUGCCUGACAAGAAGAGAAAGGGUGCCAUGAAGAUAUCUGUCAAGUCAUAUGGAGGUGGGUCAAUCGAUAUUGACGACUACAAGAAAUUUGUUUCAAAAGAAUCGCUUGUCAAGCUCGCGAAUGGGAAGAAUGGUUUCCGAAGCCAGAAAAUGGGUUGCUCUAAGAUGGACGGAACCCAGCCUACGGAAGCUGUCUUCACUAGCGCCAUCAAACAAGAUCGAAUUCUUUCUCGUGUGGUAGUCUACCAUGGCAUGGCCGUCGAUGGAAUGGAGUUCGUCUACGACGAUGACUCUAGGCAGUUGUUUGGAAAGAAAGGUGGCAAGGAAGGAGAUGUCCGUCGCGGUGAAUACAUUAGCGGUUUUGUUGUGCGGUCCGGUUUCUGGAUUGACGGUAUCCAAAUUUUGACAAGCUUGGGUCGCAAGUCACCCAUCUAUGGCAAUGCACAUGGAGGAGAUUCACGCACUUUGAUACCGCCUCGGGGAUACAUCAUCUGUGGUGUUUCUGGCUCAUGCGGUCAGUGGCUCGACGGCUUCUCGGUUAUUAUCACACGAUGA